GCCUUUAUUGAGAGAGUCACUUUUAAUAAUUUAGGUUCCCAGGUUGACGUCAAUUUGCAUUUGUGUGUGUCACCUGUUUUCUUUUUGUCCCACACCCCAUCGUCUCUUCUGGUGACUGAAAACUUUUAUAUCUGACUCGAUAAUUAGAUCUUGGUGGAAAACGGAAGGGAUAACUGGAAAACCUUCCAGUGAAAACCUUUCUGUGAAUGUCUCCGCAUUCGGUCGAUGAAUUGGCAUUUGUGCUUAUUUUGCUGCCAGACAUCAAAGCUAUUGUUCCGUUCCAAAAUGCGAGCCCAGACUGGACAUUCCCAGCCAGGUUGCAGGGUUUCGCAAAAAUGAAGAUAUGAAAGCGGUGGAGGUGCUGCCGGUCCUGAAGGAGAAGGUGGCGUUCCUGUCAGGGGGCAGAGACAGGCGUGGGGGUCCCGUUCUAACGUUUCCAGCAAGAAGCAACCACGACAGAAUACGACAAGACGACCUGCGGAGCCUCAUAGCGUACCUCGCUGGAAUUCCCAGCGAGGAGGUUAGCAGACAUGGCUUCACCGUCAUCGUGGACAUGCGGGGGUCCAAGUGGGACUCCAUCAAGCCGCUGCUGAAGAUCCUGCAGGAGUCCUUCCCCAGCUGCAUCCACGUCGCUCUCAUCAUCAAGCCCGACAACUUCUGGCAGAAGCAACGGACUAAUUUUGGCAGCUCAAAGUUCGAAUUCGAGACUACCAUGGUGUCAUUAGAGGGUCUCACAAAAGUUGUGGACCCCUCUCAGCUCACACCAGACUUCGAGGGCAGCCUGGAUUACAACCACGAGGAGUGGAUCGAGAUCCGGGUCGCGUACGAGGACUUCGUCAGCAAUGCGUCACAUAUGCUGGCCCGUCUGGACGAGCUCCAGGAGGUCCUCUCCAAGAAGGAGCUCCCACCGGACCUGGAUGGGGCACGGCGUGCCAUUGAGGAGCACUCGGGCCUGAAGAAGAAGGUGGUUAAGGCCCCCAUCGAGGAGCUCGACUCGGAGGGCCAGAAGCUCCUGCAGCUCAUUGAGAGCAGCGAGUGCUACACCAACCAGAGUACGGGUGUCGCCAACGGUGACCUGCAGGGCCUGAUCCCAAAGGUCUCCGGGCUGCUGGAUAAACUCCACUCCUCCAGGCAGCACCUACACCAGAUGUGGCAUGUGCGCAAACUCAAGCUGGACCAGUGCUUCCAGCUCAGGCUCUUCGAGCAGGACGCCGAGAAGAUGUUCGACUGGAUCAUGCAUAACAAAGGCCUGUUCCUGACCGGCUACACCGAGAUCGGGGCCAACAACCAGCACGCCAUGGAGCUACAGACCCAGCAUAACCACUUUGCCAUGAACUGCAUGAACGUCUAUGUCAACAUCAGCCGCAUCAUGUCAGUGGGCAACCGUCUGCUGGAGUCGGGUCACUACGCCUCGCAGCAGAUCAAGCAGCUGUCCGGGCAGCUGGAGCUGGAGUGGAAGGCCUUCGCCGCCGCCCUGGACGAGCGCAGCAAUCUGCUGGAGAUGUCCGCCGUCUUCCACCAGAAGGCCGAUCAGUACAUGGGCAACGUGGAUUCCUGGUGCAAAGCCUGUGGAGAGGUGGACCUGCCCUCGGAGCUGCAGGACCUGGAGGACGCCAUUCAUCACCACCAGGGCUUGUACGAGCACAUUACCAGUGCUUACUCAGAGGUCAGCCAAGAUGGCAAGGUCCUAUUGGACAAGCUGCAGCGACCCCUGACCCCGGGCAGCGCCGACUCGCUCACAGCCUCGGCCAACUACUCUAAGGCCGUGCGGCACGUGCUGGACAUCAUCCACGAGGUGCUGCACCACCAGCGGCAGCUGGAGAACAUCUGGCAGCACCGCAAGGUCCGGCUGCACCAGCGCCUUCAGCUGUGUGUCUUCCAGCAGGACGUGCAGCAGGUGCUGGACUGGAUCGAGAACCACGGGGAGGCCUUCCUCAGCAAGCACACAGGGGUGGGCAAGUCCCUGCACCGGGCCAGAGCGCUGCAGAAACGGCACGAGGACUUUGAGGAGGUUGCCCAGAAUACAUAUACCAACGCUGACAAGCUGCUAGAAGCUGCAGAGCAGCUGGCCCAGACGGGCGAAUGCGACCCGGAGGAGAUCUACCAGGCCGCCCACCAGCUGGAGGACCGCAUCCAGGACUUCGUGCGGCGCGUGGAGCAGCGCAAGGUGCUGCUGGACAUGUCGGUGUCCUUCCACACACACGUCAAGGAGCUGUGGACCUGGCUGGAGGAGCUGCAGAAGGAGCUGCUGGACGACGUCUAUGCCGAGUCGGUGGAGGCCGUGCAGGAGCUCAUCAAGCGCUUCGGGCAGCAGCAACAGACCACCCUGCAAGUCACCGUUAACCUAAUCAAGGAGGGCGAGGACCUCAUCAAACAGCUGAGGGACUCGGCCAUCUCCAGCAACAAGGCGCCGCACAGCAGCUCCAUCAACCACAUCGAGGGUGUGCUGCAGCAGCUGGACGAGGCGCAGGGCCAGAUGGAAGAGCUGUUCCAGGAGAGGAAGAUCAAACUCGAGCUCUUCCUGCAGCUGCGUGUUUUCGAGAGGGACGCCAUCGAUAUCAUCUCAGACCUGGAAUCCUGGAACGACGAGCUGUCACAGCAGAUGAACGACUUCGACACGGAGGACCUGACUCUGGCCGAGCAGCGGCUGCAGCACCACGCCGACAAGGCGCUCACCAUGAACAACCUGACCUUCGACGUCAUCCACCAGGGCCAGGAGCUGCUGCAGUGCGUGGGCGAGGUUCAGGCCUCCGGCGUGGACCUCCUGUGCGACCGUGACGUGGACAUGGCCACACGGGUGCAGGACCUGCUGGAGUUCCUCCACGAGAAGCAGCAGGAGCUGGACGUGGCGGCCGAGCAGCACCGGCGCCAUCUGGAGCAGUGCGUGCAACUGCGCCACCUGCAGGCCGAAGUGAAGCAGGUCCUGGGCUGGAUCCGGAACGGGGAGUCCAUGCUGAACGCCGGCCUGAUCACGGCCAGCUCGUUGCAGGAGGCCGAGCAGCUGCAGCGGGAGCAUGAGCAGUUCCAGCAUGCCAUCGAGAAAACGCACCAGAGCGCCCUGCAGGUGCAGCAGAAGGCUGAGGCUCUGCUGCAGGCUAACCACUACGACAUGGACAUGAUCCGCGAGUGCGCCGAGAAGGUGGCAUCCCGCUGGCAGCAGCUCAUGCUCAAGAUGGAGGACCGCCUCAAACUCGUCAACUCGUCUGUGGCCUUCUACAAGACGUCUGAGCAGGUGUGCAGUGUGCUGGAGAGCCUGGAACAGGAGUACAAGCGUGAGGAGGACUGGUGUGGGGGGGCCGACAAGCUGGGGCCCAACUGCGAGACGGACCACGUCACACCCAUGAUCAGCAAGCACCUCGAGCAGAAGGAGGCUUUCCUCAAGGCAUGUACGCUGGCCAGACGCAACGCAGACGUCUUCCUCAAGUACCUGCACCGGAACAGCGUCAACAUGCCAGGGAUGCUGGCCCACGUGAAAGCUCCGGAGCAGCAAGUGAAAAACAUCCUGAAUGAGCUGCUGCAGCGGGAGAACCGUGUCCUUCAUUUCUGGACCAUGCGCAAGAGGAGGCUGGACCAGUGCCAGCAGUACGUGGUGUUUGAGCGCAGUGCCAAGCAGGCCCUGGAGUGGAUCCACGACACUGGCGAGUUCUACCUGUCCACCCACUCCUCCACAGGUUCCAGCAUCCACCACACGCAGGAGCUGCUCAAGGAGCACGAGGACUUCCAGAUCACCGCCAAGCAAACCAAAGAGCGGGUGAAGCUGUUGAUUCAGCUGGCAGAUGGCUUCUGUGAUAAGGGUCACGCCCACGCCAUGGAGAUUAAGAAAUGGGUCUCCGCCGUGGACAAGCGAUACCGGGAGUUCUCCAUACGCAUGGACAAGUACCGCACGUCCCUGGAGAAGGCGCUGGGCAUCUCCUCGGACUCCAACAAAUCGAGCAAAGACCUGCAGCUGGACAUCAUCCCAGCCAGCGCCCCGGGGUCGGAGGUCAAGCUGCGGGACACGGCGCAUGAGCUCAAUGAGGAGAAGCGCAAGUCGGCCCGCAGGAAGGAUUUCAUAAUGGCCGAGCUGAUUCAGACAGAAAAAGCCUAUGUGAGAGACCUCCGAGAAUGCAUGGAUACGUACCUGUGGGAGAUGACCAGCGGGGUGGAGGAGGUCCCUGCAGGAAUUGUUAACAAGGAGCACAUCAUCUUCGGGAACAUGCAGGACCUCUACGAGUUCCACCACAAUAUAUUCCUGAAGGAACUGGAGAAGUACGAGCAGCUGCCUGAAGAUGUGGGCCAUUGCUUUGUGACCUGGGCUGAUAAGUUUCAGAUGUAUGUGAAUUACUGCAGGAACAAACCCGACUCCACUCAACUCAUCCUGGAAAACGCCGGCUCCUAUUUUGAUGAGAUUCAGCAGAGACACAGGCUGGCCAACUCCAUCUCCUCAUACCUGAUCAAGCCAGUACAGCGGAUCACCAAGUACCAGCUCCUGCUAAAGGAGCUCUUGACGUGCUGUGAGGAAGGGAAAGGGGAGAUUAAGGAUGGCUUGGAGGUCAUGCUGAGCGUACCCAAGCGGGCCAAUGAUGCCAUGCACCUCAGCAUGCUGGAAGGUUUUGACGAGAACAUCGAGUCUCAGGGUGAGCUCAUUCUGCAGGAGUCCUUUCAAGUGUGGGACCCCAAGACCCUUAUCCGCAAAGGCCGUGAACGCCACCUCUUCCUCUUUGAGAUGUCGCUGGUCUUCAGCAAGGAGGUCAAGGACUCCAGCGGCAGGAGCAAGUAUCUGUACAAGAGCAAGCUCUUCACCUCAGAGCUUGGAGUAACAGAGCACGUGGAAGGUGAUCCAUGCAAAUUUGCACUUUGGGUGGGGCGAACUCCUACCUCAGACAAUAAGAUUGUCCUGAAGGGUUCCAGCCUGGAGAACAAACAGGACUGGAUCAAGCACAUUCGAGAGGUGAUCCAGGAGCGGACCAUCCACCUCAAGGGGGCGCUCAAGGAGCCCAUCCACAUCCCCAAAACAGCCACCACCAAGCACAGGACCAGGAGGGAGGGCGAGGACCUGGACAGUCAGGGUGAUGCUAGCAGUCAGCCAGACACCAUCUCCAUCGCCUCCCGCACCUCCCAGAAUACCCUGGACAGUGAUAAGCUGUCGGGCGGCUGUGAGCUCACCGUGGUCAUCCACGACUUCCUGGCCAGCAACGGCAACAGCCACGAGCUGACGGUGCGGCGCGGGCAGACGGUCGAGGUGCUGGAGCGGCCCCACGAGCGGCCCGACUGGUGCCUGGUGCGAACCACUGACCGCUCGCCCGCCCAGGAGGGCCUGGUGCCCUGCAGCGCCCUCUGCAUCGCCCACUCCCGCAGCAGCAUGGAGAUGGAGGGCAUCUUCAACCACAGAGACGCCCUCUCUGUCUCCACGAACGACGUCAGCACGCUCCCGACGGCGCACGGCAUGGGCUCUCACAGCCUCCCGGGCACCAAGCGGCCCGGCAACACGCUGCGCAAGUGGCUGACCAGUCCGGUGCGGCGACUCAGCAGCGGCAAGGCCGACGGCCACGUCAAGAAGCUGGCGCACAAGCACAAGAAGAGCCGCGACGUGCGUAAGAACCCCGAUGCCACGUCCCUCAAGGACUCCGACGACAGCGCCGCCACGCCCCAGGAUGAGAGCAUGGAGGAGCGCGUGAGGAAUGAAGGGCUCAGCAGCGGGACCCUGUCCAAGUCGUCCUCGUCCGGGAUGCAGAGCUGCGGGGAGGAUGAGGGAGAGGAGGGAGCCGAUUCGGUACCCCUGCCGCCCCCCAUGGCCAUCCAGCAGCACAGCCUGCUGCAGGCGGAGCCCCAGGACGACAAGACGUCCUCCCGUGUUUCCGUCCGUCCCUCCAGCUCAGAGACUCCGAGCGCCGCUGAGUUGGUCAGCGCCAUCGAGGAGCUGGUGAAAAGCAAGAUGGCCCUGGAGGACCGCCCCAGCUCCCUGUCCAUGGAGCAUGGUGACAGCAGCAGCCCCUCCUUCAAUCCCUCCGACAACUCGCUGUUGUCGUCGUCCUCGCCGGGGGACGAGAUGGAGGAGCGACGGACCAGCUUCCUCAAGAAGCGGCAUUACGUCCAGCUGGAGCUCGUUGAGACAGAGAGAGAUUAUGUCCGGGACCUCGGCUUCGUUGUGGAGGGCUACAUGAAAAAAAUGAAGGAAGAGGGGGUGCCAGACGACAUGAGAGGGAAAGACAAGAUCGUCUUCGGCAACAUUCACCAGAUAUACGACUGGCACAAAGACUUCUUCCUCGGAGAGUUGGAGAAGUGCUUGGAGGAUCCGGACAGGCUGGGGAGCCUCUUCAUCAAACAUGAGCGGAGGCUGCAUAUGUACAUAGUCUACUGCCAAAACAAACCCAAGUCAGAGCACAUCGUGUCGGAGUACAUCGACACCUACUUUGAGGACCUCAAGCAGCACCUUGGUCACCGUUUGCAGAUCACAGACCUGCUCAUUAAGCCGGUACAGAGAAUCAUGAAAUACCAGCUCUUACUGAAGGAUUUCUUUAAAUAUUCCAAAAAGGCUGGUGUUGACACAGCUGAGCUAGAGAAAGCGGUGGAAGUCAUGUGCAUUGUACCGAAAAGAUGCAAUGAUAUGAUGAACGUGGGCCGACUUCAAGGCUUUGACGGUAAAAUCGUGGCCCAGGGCCGCCUUCUGCUCCAGGACACCUUCAUGGUGUGUGACCAGGACACCGGCAUCCUGGCGCGCAUGAGGGAGAGGCGUGUUUUCCUCUUCGAGCAAAUUAUCAUCUUCAGCGAGCCCCUUGACAAGAAGAAAGGCUACACGAUACCCGGCUAUCUCUUCAAGAACAGCAUAAAGGUCAGUUGCCUGGGUCUGGAGGACAGCGUGGAUGGAGACCCUUGUAAGUUUGCCCUGACAUCCAGGUCGUCCAACAGCAGCAUAGAGCACUACAUCCUCCUCUCCGCCAACCCUGGAGUGCGCCAGGUUUGGGUCCACCAGAUUGGCCAGAUCCUCGAAAAUCAGCGCAACUUCCUUAAUGCCUUGACUUCUCCCAUUGAGUACCAGAGGAAUCACGUUGGGGCAGUAGGAGCAGGCUGUCUCAGCAGCAGCGGCCCAACAGGGGGCACCAGUGGUUCAGGCAUAGCCCUGGGGGUCAACAUGGCCGCCGGCUGCCGCUCCAGGCCCUCACGGAUCCCGCAGCCGUCCCGCAUCCCCCAGCCUGUCCGCCACCACUCACCAGGGGCCGACGGGCCAGACAAGAUGUCAGGUAUGUCCUCCCUGCACCCCACAGCUGUGCUACCAGCUCGUGACCCAGACAGCCAAGAGGCAGAGAGGAAUUUCCCAAAGACAAAGGCUCCGGUGUCCCUGCCCGACACAAAGUCAACCGAAAACAGCCUUGGGGUACCUCAAGAAGAGCUGCCAGGCCUCUUACCCCGGGGUGCGGUCGAGCCAUUUGACCUCGCUAAACCCAGUCUCGCAAGUGCAGCCCCCCUGCCCUUUUUGACACAGCCGUGUUCCAGCAAGGAGGCUUUUGCCCCAGGCAGCCCAGCCCAGAAGGGCACCUCAUUCUGGGGCACUCUGCCGGUCGCCCCUGUGGGUCGGCCAGUCUCCCUCAUCCUCCCCUCUCCGGCCAAAGAUGCUGACCGCCUGAGCACCUGCUCCUCCACCAGUGAGCAGUCAGUACAGUCAAGCCAGAGCAAUGGGAGUGAAAGUAGCAGCAGCAGCAGCAACAUCUCCACCAUGCUAGUGACACAGGACUACCAGGCCGUGAAGGAGGAUGAGAUCAACGUCACCCAGGGAGAGGUUGUCCAGAUGCUAGCCUGCAACCAGCAGAAUAUGUUUCUUGUGUUUCGCGCCGCCAAUGAGCAGAGCCCUGCCGCCGAGGGCUGGAUCCCUGGUUACGUGCUGGGCCACACCUCCAUAAUCAUCCCCGACCUCCCCGAGGGAACCAUCAAGAAGUCAUCGUCCUGGCACACGGCACUCCGCCUCAGGAAGAGGAUAGAAAAGCGAGAGAAGGAGGGUAAAAGAGAGAAGCUGGAACCCAGCUUCAGGAGAUCCCGGGAUGCUUCAGCCAACAAAGUGUCUGUGAAGCUUCUAAAUCCGAACUACAUCUAUGAUGUUCCCCCAGAGUUCCUCCUGCCUCUGAGCGACGUGACCUGCGAGAGCGGGGAGGCCGUCAUUCUCCGCUGUAAGGUCUGCAGCAGACCCAGAGCGGCCGUCACCUGGAAGGGACCUGACCAAAAUACUCUGAGUAACAACGACCGCUUCAGCACCAUGUGCAGUGAUGCUGGGGAGGCUGAGCUUUGUAUCCAAGAUGUGUCUAUAGAAGACGACGGCAUGUACACCUGCGUCGCCGCCAACGAUCUGGGCACCGUGUCGACGUCAGCCAGCCUCAGAGUAUUAGGUACAUCCAGUGACGGAGUCAGAGUCACGUGGAAGGACAACUUUGAUUCCUUCUACACUGAGGUCUCAGAAUUGGGGAGGGGCAGGUUCUCUGUGGUGAAGAGGUUCGAGCAGCAGGGGACGCAGCUCUCCGUGGCGGCCAAGCUGGUCAACAAGAGGCUGGUGAGGCGUGACCAGGUGACCCGCGAGCUGCGUCUGCUGCAGCUGGUACAGCACCCGCAGAUCCCUGGCCUGCUGGACACCUUCGAGACGCCCACCAGCUACGUGCUGCUCCUGGAGAUGGCCGAUCAAGGCCGUCUGCUGGAUUACAUCGUCAGCUGGGGCGAUCUCACAGAGGACAAGGUGGCUCUGUACCUGAGGGGCAUCUUAGAAGCUUUGCAGUACCUGCAUAACUGCAGAAUAGCUCACCUGGACCUGAAGCCUGAAAAUGUUUUGGUGGACCAGAUGUCUGGCCAGCCAGUGGUCAGACUCGUGGAUUUUGGCGAUGCGGUGCAGCUGAGCAGCAAUCCCUACGUUCACCCGCUGCUGGGCAGCCCCGAGUUCGCCGCCCCUGAGCUGAUCCUGGGUCAGCCAGCCUGCCUGGCCUCAGACAUCUGGAGCCUCGGGGUCGUCGGCUACGUCAUCCUGAGCGGAGCCUCGCCGUUCCUGGACGAAAGCCUGGAGGAGACCUGCCUCAACGUCUGCCGGCUGGACUUCAGCUUCCCGGAGGACUACUUCAGGGGCGUCAGCCGUGCAGCCAAGGACUUCACCUGCUCGCUCCUGCAGGGCAGCCCCACCAAGCGGCCCUCUGCGGCCCUCUGCCUGCAGGACCCCUGGCUGCAGCCUGGGAACUAUGGCAGCACAGAGCGCAUCGACACGUCCCGGCUCGUCUCCUUCAUCGACCGGCGCAAGCACCAGAACGACGUUCGGCCCGUCGGUGGCAUCAAGGCCUUCCUUCCCGGCCGAAUCCUCCCUCAGAGCUGAUGUGUGGCACAAGCGAUCUCAUCCUCUUUCACCUGCCUGGCAGAUUUUAAAUAUCCUGGCGCGAUUCAGUCAGCCUGCUCCACGCUGACGUGAUUCCCCUUUCCAAUAUACAACAAACUGUCAGAUGACAAAAACGUAAUUCCUUUAUGCUGAAUACCUGCAAAAAAAAAGAAAAGAAACCUUAGUCGUGUUUUUUAAAAGGGCAAUUUGGAAUUAACUAGCAUGGUGGAGAAAUGCUGCUUCUCUGAAGAUGGACACAGACAAUAUCCUUUUAAGCUACUUACGGAGAAGAAAAAACAAACCUCUUUUCAACCAAACUCCUUUUGUAAAUAGAUACUGUAUAGGGAUGACCCUCGUGUGCAAGCUAUUUGGAUCUGACUCAGCUUUUUAAUAGCCUGGCUUGUUUGAUUGAAUCACUGCAAUUAGGGAAAAACAAAACAACAGCAGUUACAGGUUUCAACUUCUGCUAAUCCAGUGUUUGUACUUGAAGACAAAUGUAUUUUGCUUUUACUAGAACAAAAAUGUGUUGCUCAGAAUUAAGACGUAUUGACCUUAUUUUGUACAAAGAUUGUAUCUGACCGGUUUCAUUUGAAAACAAUUCAUAGAAGCAGGAGUCCCGGCAACGGGACAGAUUUCUGUGGAUGUGGAGAAUAGAGCGACACUACUUAAUGCUCGGCUUCUGGAAAACAAAGGUCAUAAUCACAUACUGUUUAUGCCCUUGUUGUGUUUUCAUUAAUAUUAUGUGCAAUGUUGCAACAACUUUGUCGUUUUAUGCAACUCUUAAUGAAGACUUCUAUUGAACCUGUAAUAAAUGUAUAGAAAAUCGACAUAAUUGGUACUGCAGACUAAACCGUCGUUUGUGCUGCGUUUGAACUGUAACCUCGUUUGAUUCAGUAUUAUUUCCUUGAGAUCUCUAUGUUGAUUUCUUGGACGGUGAAUAUCAUUUGGUCUGUAUGGCACCUAGGGUUUGACUUUUCAUUUUGAUAGCUUUACCAAAGUUUUAGAGUUUCUUAAAUUGUAGUUUUUGUUUUGUUUUGUUUUUUUUUUCUGUAUGACAUCAUGUUAACUUAAGUUAUGAAUGCCAUAAUGAACUUUGGGAAGUAUUGUUUACAUUUGUUUCACAUGCUUUAUUUAUUUUUGUAACAAAGUUGCAUAUAAUUUGCUUUUCAUUAACUUUUUAUGCCAUCAACUGCAAAAAAAAAAGUCAUUGCAGUGUAAUUUUAUCUAAUUUCAAGUAAAUUAUUAUAAUGUUAAAGCUGUCGUUCAUCUGAAUGUGAGUGUUUUGAGUGAGUUAAUGUUGGAGAAAAAUAAGGCCUUUUAAGUUAUUUAUACAAAUAAGCCCAAAUAUUAUUUGUGAAAUUAAAAACCCAGAAACUCUACUAUUAAAAAAUUGACUUUACCAGUCAGAGAGUACUAAUGAUAUUUAUGCUAGAUUCCAGCUGCUAUAAUCCUUGGAGGAGCAAAAAAACAAUUAAUUCUGACCCUUCAGUUGGUUAGAAAAUUGUGAAAUGCAGAUGGUUUAAGUGCCAGUUUAUUGGGAACAGCAUAGAGGAGAUAAAGCAGAGGAGUACUGUAUGCCUGAAGAAUGUUCUCCUUCCGUGCCGGAAAUGUAACACAUUGGAUUUGUGUGUGUGUGUGUGUGUGUGUGUGUGUGUGGCCCCAUGUUAUGGAUAUUAUUUAUAUUUGUCAUUACAAUAUAAAACUGUACAGGCACUGAUAAACACCAGACAUGACUGGAUGUGUUUUUUUCCUUUCAACCUCAUUGGUUUUUUUAUGUUUUAUGAUUUUUUUUUUUUGGCUUACUUGUUUUUUGCAUGUGUAUUCUAUGUAUACAGACCAUGGGUUUACACUAAAUGUGUUGUAAAUAUUUUUUUUUGCCAUCAGUUAUUUUAAAAUUUAACAUAUGCAACAUACUUGUGACAGCUCUCAUUUUUUUAAUUUGGUCUGUUUUAUGAUUUACAUGCAACUCCCUUGUGGAAAUGGAGUGAGGAUCUUUUACUGCUUAAAACUAAACAAUAUUUAACAAAGGCAGGAUAUUUAACUAGUUAACAAGCACCGGCUGGUAAGUAUGAAAAAGCUGAACGCCUUUCUGCUGUCUUGUUUCGUUUUAUUAUCAUCGUGGUGGUAUUAUAAGUUAGUGACCACUGUAUGAAAUUAUCAUGUUUACAGCAUGUGCUUUAUUUCAGAAUUUCAAAUAUAUCCAUCUUUUAAGUUA